GCUAGACUGGAGCGGAAGACUCAGGCCGGAAGUAGGAUGACGUAGACGGAAGGGGAACCUUCUUCGACUGGUUUGUUGAUGUUUUUCAAGCUGCUGGAGGAGCUUCUGUGGUUGAGAGGACAGUCGGUAGGAGGAUGGUGUGCGAAAAAUGUGAAAAAAAAACUUGGUACUGUUAUUACACCAGACACAUGGAAAGAUGGUGCAAGGAAUACCACAGAAAGUGGUGGAAGAAAACUGAAUGAAAAUAAAGCCUUGACUUCAAAAAAAGCAAGAUUCGAUCCCUAUGGAAAGAAUAAGUUCUCCACUUGCAGAAUUUGUAAAAGUUCUGUGCAUCAGCCAGGUUCUCAUUAUUGCCAAGGCUGUGCCUACAAAAAAGGCAUCUGUGCGAUGUGUGGAAAAAAGGUUUUGGAUACCAAAAACUACAAGCAAACAUCUGUCUAGCUGUCUUGGUGAAAUUUCUGGCUUUGUAUAAUUUUACUUUCUGCUUUGAAUUUUCAAGGCAUAAUGUAGAUGUUUAACUUGCAGAGUAAUCUGUUUCAAGACAGGUGAUUAAAUUUAAAUGAGGGUAGUUGAUCCUCAUCCUUUUUCUCUUUUUUUGAGACAGGGUCUUGCUAUGCAAUUCAAGCUGGCUUUGAACUUGUGGUGAUCCUCCUGCCUCAGCGUCCUGAGUGCUGGGAUAACAGAUGUUCUUCAUCCUUUCUUAGGCUGUCAAGAAAUUCUGAGACUAAUCUUUUGCUUUAAGUGGUUAUUUUCCUUAUAAGCAUUUUAUUGAAAUAGAAUAAGUGGCAAAUUUAAUGAAAAAAAAAAAAACUCUUGUGUUUUCAAUGGACUUUUAAACAUUCAUAUAAUCUUUAUCCCCUUCAUUUACUUUAUUUAUGGAUAUUGAAGAAAUGAGAUUGUUAGUUAUUUAGAAUGUGUGGAUUUAGAAUUCUUCCCUCAUUCCCUAAUUGGAAGCAUAGUUCUUUGAAUCAGCAGUCCCUUAAUUAAUUGCAGUUUCCUGAGAUACAGUGAUUGAGGCCACAAUAGCUGAAUGGUCCCUUAACAAUGAGUCCAGACCCAAAUCAAAGACAAGUGGAAUUUGUGAUUUAUUUUAAAUUUGUUUUUGAAGCCAAAGGGCUAGUUCCUUUCCUUCAUAUGUAAAUAAGAACGUGUGUCCAGAUAAAUACUGGAUUUCAGAAAACACAUAUGUAUGACCUUGAAUUUAGAUUGCCUUUAAAGCCAUGAGAACAGUGUUCAUGUGUAAUGAAAACGAACCGCCAGUCUUUGCAAAAGCUCUUUGAAGUAGAAAACAAACUUUUUUGUUACCGCUUCCCCAGCCUUCAAAGAAAUAAAUAGAACAAAGCACAUAUCUUGACUUUUUUUUUUAAUAUAGUGUAGACUGUAAAGAGACUAUGCUGAAGUUUCAAAUGAAAAUUUUUCUUAUCCUGCCUUCAGGUUCAGGACUUCUAAAACUUGUAACCUACAAUAGAAAACCAAAAAGGUAUUCUCUCAUUUCCAAUGCCAUUUGUAUAAUAUGUGAUACUAUAAAAUGUGUAGACUACUAUAGAUAAUGUAAUAACAUACAUGGUAUAGACUUUACAUUUUUAUUGUCUUAAAAUUACUGUGAAAAGAAAAGUUCAAUUUAUCAGCAAGUUUUUCACAAAGUGUUUCUAGGAUAUACGGUUACUUAUGCAUAUCUAGAGAGA